UGACCUAUUUACAGACAUCCGCUUGUGAUAUCCAUUGCGAAAGGCCAAUUGUUGUUUACGAAAGCUCACACAAACUCAAAAUGGGCAACAUACAAACUGUUGGUCCAAACCAGGCAAUGGUUAUAUCUGGUGGAUGUUGUGGGGGCAAUUCAAGAAAACUUAUUGUUGGAGGAUGGGGCUGGGCUUGGUGUCUUGUCACAGAUGUCCAGAGCAUAUCACUUGAAGUUAUGACCUUGAACCCAGUUUGUGAAAGUGUAGAAACAUCUGAAGGUGUACCUGUUACAGUAACCGGUGUAGCACAGGUCAAGGUCAUGAGAGACACAUCUUUCUUAGAGAAAGCAUGUGAACAGUUUCUGGGGAAAUCUGUGAAGGAAGUAGAAAGAGUCAUUUUGCAGACUUUAGAAGGUCAUCUCAGGGCUAUUCUUGGUACCCUUAGUGUAGAGGCAAUCUAUCAGGACAGAGACCAGUUUGCUCAACUUGUAAGAGAAGUUGCUUCUCCUGAUGUGUGUAAGAUGGGUAUAGAAAUUAUGAGUUUCACAAUCAAAGAUAUUUAUGACAAUGUUGAAUACUUAGCCUCAUUAGGACGAGCACAGACUGCUAACGUAAAGAGAGAUGCUGAUAUUGGUGUUGCUGAGGCCAAUAGAGAUGCUGGAAUCAGGGAAGCAGAAUGCGACAAGACAAAAAUGGACACCAAAUUUUCAGCUGAUGCUAAGAUUGCUGAUGCAUCACGUAAUUACAAGAUGCAGAAAGCUGAUUUUGAUCAAGAAGUCAAUGCAAGAAAAGCUGAAGCUGAAUUAGCCUAUGAACUGCAAGCAGCCAAAGAAAAACAGAAGAUCAGAGCUGAAGAAAUAGAAAUUGAAGUCGUAGAGAGAAGAAAGUUAAUUGAUGUUGAGGAAAAAGAAAUUCUGAGAAAGGAGAAGGAAUUGAUAGCUACUGUGAAACGACCUGCUGAAGCACAUGCUUAUAAGAUGGAGUUGAUAGCUGAGGGAACAAGGACACAGACAGUUGAGCAGGCCAGAGCUGAGGCUGAGAAGAUUAGAUUGAUAGGUGCAUCUGAAGCCGAAGCUAUUGAAGCAGUUGGAAAAGCCGAAGCUGAAAAAAUGAGAUUGAAAGCUUCAGCUUACAAACAGUACGGAGAGGCAGCCAUGUUGUCUUUGGUUUUGGAAACACUACCAAAGGUUGCUGCAGAAGUAUCAGCUCCAUUAUCGAAGACAGACGAGAUUGUUUUGGUCGGAGAUGAUAGAACAACAAGUGAAGUCAGCCGUUUGGUUAGUCAGCUCCCACCUGCAGUCCAGGCUCUUACUGGUGUAGAUCUCUCUAAGAUUUUAUCAAAGGUACCAGGAGCUACUGCUUAGACUGGUUUUCAGUCCUGUUAUAAAACUCUUUAUAGUGACUUCAAUAAAUGAACCAGGAGACCCAAUACUUUUACAUGUAUAUAACUUAUUUUACUUUUAUCAAGAAAUAACUAUCUUAAAUGUUAACUAUUAUCAAUUUUAAUGGUAACAAUUAGCUUGAUCUUAAAUUAUAUGCAACCUGUAAGGUGUUUCUGCAUAUGUAUGGAGUAUGUUAAGUUUUACUGUAGGUUUUAGUAUAUAUUGAAAUGCUUUUACCUGUAAAUCAUGUCUGUGUGUGACUUACUUUUAGAAAAUUUUAUCGAUUUUAUUUAAACAUAUUUGAAUAGUAUCAAACAUGAACAGUCUCUAAUUACUGUACAUGAUCAGAAGUUGAGUUUUCAUGAUGCAAUUAUUUACAUAUGUGUUUUCAUGAUGCAAUUAUUUACACAUGAUUUUUUCCUGAUGCAAUUAUCUACAUAUGUUUAGCCUGAAUAAAGAAUAAGAAACAAAGAAUGAACUCUUCUCCAUAAUUACCUUUGUUUAGUUUAAUCACAAUGAAAAAAAUAAAUUACUUCUUGGAUAGGGGAAUAAUUAAAAAAAAAUCUAAAUAAUAUCUUAUUGACUUUAUCUACCUCUUGCAAAAUAUAUAUGUAAUUACAGGAUCUCUAAAUAAUAAAAAAAAGGUUUAUACCGUUAUAUAUGCCUGAUUGUAAACCAUUGAUGAGAAUGUGAUGUAUAUGUAUAUAUCUAUUUAUAACAAUUUGUGUAGAAAUACCUGUUUUAUUUGUAUAUAACCUGUUCACAAUGUACAUGAACUAUGUUGUGAAAAUGAGAUGAGGGUCAAUACCUACUUGUUUUAACUCUUGCUGUAGCAAUAAGUGUUCAAAAUUGGUCUUCUAUUUUAGAUUUCAGUGGCAGACUUAUGCAGAUAGAGCCCCAACCCAAUUAUUCAUUCAACAUGACCAUUUAUCUCACUAUGACAUUUAUAGUGAUAUUUCUACUUUUGUACUGUGAACCAGUGUUUCUAGCACCAUUUAAAUUAUUAACAAUCAUGUUAUUAGUAGCUCAUGUCAGUAGAUACUAAGUAGUCAUCACAUUUUGUGUUUCUUUGUUUAUUUUCAGUCAAAAUACAUACAUAUGUUUUGUCUAGUUCUGCAGUGUUAUUAUUAGGUUUCCUUCUAGUCAUAAUAUCAUUAUUACCCAUAGACAGGGAUAAUAGUUAUCUUUUUUUACACUCAAAUGUACUCAUUAAAAAAACUGUGCCUUUAUCAAUCUGACAAAGUAAGACUAACAUUAAUGUUUUUGAGUAGGCAAUUCUUACUGCUUUUACAUAACAUUGUUGUUUUCUAAUAUGCAUAAUUUAUUAAAAAGCUAAUUAUUGGUUGGCAAUAUCAAUAAUUUAAUUUCUAACUUGACGGCAUGCAUAUAUUCUAUGUAUUCAACUGCAGUAUUGAAUAUACCAUUUAUAAAAGUUAAAAAUUAUGCAUGGUGGGUAUAUAUGCUACAAGGCAUUUAUUUUCACCUGCCAGCCUAUUUGUAUAAUAAAUUUUCUUAUUUUCCCAUGUAAAAUUAAUUGUGUCAGUAUGCUAUUAAUUUUUAUAACUACACGUGUGAAACCAUUUCCACAGUCCUCUUAAAACUUUUAUGGAAGUUAUUUUUUUACAUGGUUUUAACCUUGAAUUACAAAUUGCUUUCUAAAGAGAAUAUAAAAGUCAUGAUGAAAUAAUUGCAAUACUUGAACUUGAACAUCAGUCCAGUUAUCCAGUUACAGAAAUGGCUUACUCAAGAUGAUGUGUAGUUUUAGAUUAUGAUAAAUAUAGAUGACAGUUUUAAAUAUUGUUGGCACUUUUUUUGUACAUUUGAACAUUAACUACAUACUGUGUCAUCUAAACCAAUUUAAUUCUAAUAUACUUCCUAUAUAUGUUUUUUUUUUGUAAGAAAAAAGAAAAACAAUAGAUAUGACAUAUGUUUAAGAAUUCUGAAAAACCAGAUGGAUAAACAAACAUUACUUACACCCACUUCAAUUGAACUUUGGUGGAUAGUUGUCUCAUUGGUAAUCAUACCACAUCUCCUUAUUAUUUUUAUAUUACUAUCACUUGAAUUAUUUGAGGAGUAGCCACUUUAUACCAUCGCACUGUUUUACCGACCGUGUGAGACCAUCAUGGGUAGUCAAGGUUGUUAAACACCCCGUAGUAGUGUUGGGUCUUCUUAUCAAAUGAUAUAGGGAAGUAAAAAGUAUCUAAAAGCUAUACAUGAUCCAUUUUGAAAUAUUAACUGCUGAACUGAAUCCAUCCAUUAUAUUGUACUUUAUUAUAAUUCUUAAGUUGUAAAACUGUCAGUACUAAAAAUUCAGAGUUAAAUAUUGCAAACAAUUCCAAUAAUAAAAAUAGCUAUAAUAAAAACAUGGAAUUCAGUUUUAUUAAAGGAAUUUACAGGGUAUCAGUAUAUAUUGAGUGGUGACUGAUAAAUGGCAUUUAUCUAAGUAAAUGUCCAUAUAUAUUUCCAUCAAAUGAAAUUGUUAAAAGAAAAUUGGUAUCCUAAACACAAAUAAAGAAUUAUGUCCUGGUUAACACUAUAAAGAAAACUUAUCUGACCCAAAAAAAAAUUUUGCAGGAAAAUUAUCCUUUAUUCCAAAUACAAUCAUUCAUUCUUUUAAUUAGCGGCAGCUCAGUCCAACUUAAACAUGUAAUAUAUGGGAUAUUGAUCCGAAUUGUAACCACCCAACUCCCUAUUCUUGUCUUGCUGAACAUAAUACAGAUACCAGUAUUAGUUUAUCCUCUUUAAGUGAUAAAUCAAAAUUUAAUUAGAAAAUUGUAUAUGUAAGGAGGUUGUGUAAUUAAUUUAGUGAUCAAGAUGUAAAAUGUUCCUUUGUUUGAAGAUUGUCAGGUUGUCUAUAAAGAAAAAAGUAAAUAGAUAUGCCUUUUGCAUAGACAUGAGUUCAACAUUUACUCAAAUUCAGUGUAAUAAUGAGAUCAAUUUCAUAGAUAUGUAAAUGAACAAGAAAUAUUGCUGAAUAAUUUGAUCUAUUAUAUUAUAAAUAUCCAGGAUGUCAGUAAUUCAUUAAAAUUCAGCCAUCAAGUGAACCAAAGAUGGUGGUCUUUUAAAAAUUAUAGUAUUAAUAUGUAUUUUACCUGUGUUAUUAUGAAAGCCUCAUGAUAAAUGUAUAAUAAUAUCUGCAAAUAUAUUCUUUAUGUAAUGUAUGAAACAGUGUAUAUGAAUUAACUUGCAAAAAGACUGUUUUGUCAUGUAUAGGUAUAACAUGCCAGAUACACUUUGAAAGAUUUUUGAAAGAAACCAACUAUUUAUGUUUAUGGUAAUUAUAUAUUUUUCAGAUACAUACACAUUUUCAAAAGCCAAAAAGAAAAACAACUUUAGACUUCUAUCACACAAAUUAAUCAAACAUUUCCUAGAAAUAAAAAAAAUGUUUUAAAUUGUGUUAAAAUUAAUUAGUAUGUUUGAAAAGUAAAAUAAGUUUGAGGCAUAAUACUCACUACACAAGUUUGAUUCCUUCCCCCUGUUGUCAGUUAUGUUGUAAUCUUGUUGUUUGUACAUUUUUAUAUACUGUAAUAAUUCUUAACACAAUAAAAUAUCUAAGAACUCUU